AUGAAACUUUAUAAUAGUUUAUUACUUUAUUUUAUAUUUUUAAAUAUUUGUAUUAAUAAUGGAUUAAUCAAUGGUUAUUUGAUUAAUGGUUUUGAAGAAGGAUCAUGUGAAUUGAUUCAAAAUAAUUCAAUAUGUGCACCGUUUAUAUACUCUGAUAUCAACCAGCAACAACAACAACAACAACAAUAUGUUUAUAUACCACAAAAUACAACUUUAACCAAUUUAGAAUCAGAUUUAAAAGAUAAUCCCUGUAAAUUAUAUAUCCAACAACUUCUUUGUUCAAUUAAUUUUCCACCAUGUAAUAAUAUAACAAUUGUCGAUCCAAACAAUAAUAAUAACACCAAUUAUAAUAUUGUAUUACCAUCAUAUCCUUGUUUUAAUGUUUGUGAUAUUGCAUAUCAAUCAUGUGCUGGAAUUCAAGAAUAUUUACCACAAUGUAAUGGAGCUGCACCUGGUGGUGGUGGUAUUCCACAAUUCCCUCAAACAACAAGUACAUUUAAUAUUACAAUCAAUGGAUCAACAAGUAGUAAUAUUUAUCAAAAUGAAACAACUCAAUGUAAUCAUAAUUAUAUUGGUCUUGGUGUAUUUGGAUGUCCAUCACCAUUGGUAUAUGCACCAAAUAGAACAAAAGAUCUUUAUUUUGGAAUAAGUGGAGAUUGUGUAUUACCAUGUCCAUUUGAACUAUGGGAACAUGAUAAAGAAUUAUUGUUUUAUAUGUUCUCUUUACUUGUAUUCAAUGGUUUUUUACCAAACAAUAUAACAUCUACAAAUGAAGCUAUUUUAUAUGUUGCUAUUGGUGCUUUUUUACUUGCUAUUUCACAAUUUCAAAAUCAAUUUGAAAAAGAUUUUCAAUGUUCACAAGAAGAUCCAGGAAGAUAUGUAGUUCAAUCAGAUGUUAAAUGUGGUAUUAAUGGAUUCUUGUUUCAAUUGGGUGCAAUGUUAUCGGUACUUGGUUGGACACUAUCUAGUUAUGAUUUCUAUCGAGCUAUUCAUAUGUUGCCAGUCAAGAAAUCAUUCUAUUAUAUCCGUAUUGCAGUGUAUGUGGUCAUUGUGCUAUUGGUGUUUAUCCCCUUUGCAGGACAAAAGUAUGGUAGUACUCUUGUGAGCAGUGGUUGUUGGAUCACUGGUGACAAGACAGACCCAUGGCCAUACAUAUUCUUUUAUGCCAUCGUACUUCCAUGUAUUGUAUAUAUUGUAUGGUGUACUGGAUGGACUACUAAACGUAUCUACGAUGUUUAUAAUCAUAUCCAAGGAAAAGCUGUUUUAUUUUAUAAUAUUAAAUUAUUAGUGGUAAUGAUAUUAUUUUUAUUUAGUGCAGUAUUUGCAAUAUCAUAUAAAUUUUAUAUGGAUCAACAAGCAGAUGAAAUUCAAGAUGCCCUAGAGUUGUGGGUUAGAUGUAUAUUGGAAAAGGGUGAGACUAAUUGUCGGUUGAAUAUUCCUGAUUUCAAUCUCAGACUUUUAGAAGCUAUUACAACAAACACUUGGGGUAUACUUGGUUUUAUAGCAUUUGCACUGGAUGCAUCACUGAUUACAGUUAUCAAAAAAUCAGACCGAGCCAACAAGAUGUUGAAAUAUUUUGGAUUCCAAUUCCAAGUUGAAGACGAUCUGGCCAAGAGAAAGGCAUCAAUGUCUACAGCUGGUACACGUCUUGCCAGAGUCAGAGCAGCAACUAUUUUAAAUACUACCUCUUCCACUUCUACAUCUACAUCUUCUUCUUCUACUACAACUAGUACUAGUACUGCCACUGAUGAUAAUAAUAGUGGUGUUUCUAUUGUUUAUAAUAAUUAA